AUGCUGGGGAUUGAGCAGCUCGCGCGGAUCGAUUCCCGUCUGCGACAGGCCUUUCCACAGCGUAGCCUCGAGUUCUUCGGUGGUGUGAGCGUCUUGCUUGUGGGCGAUUUCUUCCAGUUACCACCAGUCCGGCAAAAGCCCCUGUAUUCGACUAGCACCAGCCUGUCUUCGUUGGAAAGGAGAGGGCAUGUGGCCUACCGGUUAUUUGACCGCACCGUCUUCCUGACCACGGUACAGCGCCAGGCUGGUGAUGACCAGGCUCAGUUCCGUCAGGCGUUGCAGGAACUGCGUGAAGUCAAGUUAUCCAUACCGUCCUGGAACCUCCUUAGCAGUCGGGUACAGGCCAGGCUAACGCAGAGCGAGGUUGACAGCUUCAGGGCCGCUUUGCGGGUGUAUUCUACAAGGGCCCGGGUCAACGAAUACAACUACGAGCAUAUGGUGCAUCUCAACGCCCCGGCAGUACAGGUGGAGGCAAAGAAUCAGGGCAAGGGCGCGGGGCAGGCACCAAGCGACAAUGCUGGCAAUCUAUCUAACAAGUUCCCUGUUGCUAAGGGCGCCAGGGGUACUGUAUACGAUAUCGCCUGGAACGCAGGCGCCGAGCCAUUGGAAGAUCCCCCGGCCGUUAUUAUGGUGGACUUUGAUAGCUACGACGGACCGCCAUAUCUAACAACUAACGAGGGCAGGAAAAUCUCACCCAUCCUCCCAAGCCUAACUAAGGAUCAAAUAGUUACUGAUCUCGCACACGCGACUUCCAGGCCGAGCCUCUAUAACCACACGCCGACGGAAGGGAUGAAGAUGCGCCUCGCUGACCAACAACGGCGUCAGGGUCAACAGCUGAGCGAUGCACCGUAUCCACCACUCUACCUUGACUAA